AUGGCGGGACCGACGGCCAAAGACCUGGAGAUGAUUCCGGACUACCUCGCCGAGCAGCGCGACGCCGCUCCCGAUGACCUGCAACCCUUCUUCCUGAACUUCGAGGACUACUGGGAGCGCAAGCUGUGGCACGAGCUUACCGACUCUUUGGUCGAGUUCUACAGCCACCCGCAGAGCGCCCCCCAGCGGAUAAACCUGUUCAACACCUUCGUUCGCACCUUCGCCGACAAGAUCAACCAGCUGAAGCUCGUCACCCUGGGCCUGAGCGCCGCGUCGCAGUUCAAGGAUGACAAGGAGCGCCUGACCUUCCUCCAGAGCCUUGCCGACAAGGCCAACAAGCCUGCCUCUCAAGAUGCAUACGUUUACGCUACCGUCGCCGUGGCGAGUGUCCAACUACAGCUGCGCGACUUCCCCGCCUCACGGAAGAAGCUUGACGAGAGCGAGCGAAUUCUGGACUCGUUCGACACGGUCGAGACGGUCGUUCAUGCAUCCUUCUACCGCGUGAACGCCGAAUACUACAAGUCGCAACACGAGUUCGCCUCGUACUACAAGAACGCUCUGCUCUUCCUCGCAUGCGUCGAUAUUUCCGAGCUGCCCCGCGAGGAAACCAUGCAGCGUGCUUACGACCUAAGCAUUGCAGCUCUCGUCUCAGACUCCAUCUACAAUUUCGGAGAGCUUCUUCUCCACCCCAUUCUCGACUCCCUUACCAACACUCCUCACGCCUGGCUCCGCGACCUCCUCUUCGCCUUCAACCGCGGCGACCUGGCUGCUUACGACGUCCUCUCCGGAAACAUCUCUAAGAACAACCUCCUCAAGGAGCACCAACAGUUCCUGUACCAGAAGAUCUCUCUGGCCGCCCUUACCGAGACGGUCUUCCGCCGCCCGCCUCAGGACCGCGCCAUGACCUUCCAGGCCAUCUCCCAGGAAACCAAGGUGCCCAUCGACCAAAUUGAGCACCUGAUCAUGAAGGCGUUGAGUUUGGGUCUGCUGAAGGGAACAAUUGACCAGGUGGAUCAGAUUGCCAAGAUCAACUGGGUUCAGCCGAAGGUGCUGGACAUGAAGCAGAUCGAGGGCAUGAGGACUAGGCUGAGGGACUGGGAUUCGAGCGUCAAUCAGUUGGGUAACUGGAUCGAGACCGCCGGAAAGGAUGUGUGGGCUGCUUAG